GAGGUCUGUCAUUCACCAGGUUUGUUUUGAUCGGACAAAUGUGUGUUUUUCCAAAUUCAUUUACUCGGUUUCUAUUUGUUCAACAAGUACAGCUGGCUAAUUAAAGGUUAAAGAGAUCAUUUGGUGUGGAGUUCUGCUGGUCUGAAAUGGCAGAUGAUGGGCGUGGUUUUGAGGCGGAGCCUCUGAAGGGUGGAGAGGCAGAAGGGGGCGUGUCUAAGGAGAAAAGCUGCGCAGGAAAGCUGGGCUUAUCCCACUUGACAGGCUGGCGCACAGCUGCAUUCCUCCUCUCUCUCUUCCUGUGCCUGUUCGUUGUCUUCGCCUUUUCAUUCAUUCUUCCCUGCCCCGUACGGCCGCAAUACACACCCGCCUGGAACCGCACAUUUCCUACCGCAGCCACGUAUAAUUUCUUGUCUGUUGAGGACGCCAAUGAAGACAAAGUCUUGGAUGUGUUCUUCAUGUACAAGGAUGCUGAUGCCAGCCGCAACACAUGUUUGAGUAAAGAUUUGUCAAUCCCGUGUGUGGUUUUAAUGGCUGUUGAUGGUACUGAUGGGAAGACACUUUGGAAACGACCUUUAGCUGCUGAAUUUUAUUGGGUGGAGUGUGGCGUAAAGGGGCUCGGACGUAAAGAAACAGGAUGUCUGGUUGCUCACGCAGACAAUCUCACGGCGGUCGACAAACAGUCCGGUCUGAUCAUGUGGCAGCAGUCGCGUUCUUCUUUGAUGAAUGGAACUCUCCCGCUGAUCAGCGUUAUGGAUCUGAAUGCUGACGGAGCAGAGGACUUUGCCAUCCUUUCAUACUAUCCUGAAGCUCCAUCAUUCACACCCAUACCGACCGAGCUAGUGUUUUUCUCAGGGAAGUCAGGUGAUCAGAUCGGGAGGGUGGAUGUGGACAUGAAGGGGAUUUUUGGUCAUCUGCCGUUCAAAACGGCCAGUGGCGCUCAAUACCUGCUGUUACUCAAUGACACUGGGCUCUACGCGGUCAGUUUGCAAUAUCUGGUGGCUCAGGCUGGCCUGAAAUCUGCGCUGAAGAAAGAGAAAAGCUGGGAGGAAAAAUCUGACAGUCAAACUGGACUCAUCUCACUCUAUCAGUGUGAUUCCCUGAAGCGCGUGUCGGUUGUUCAUGGCAGUGGUUCUCCAUCACUGCUGGUCCAAACGGACUCCAGCGUGUCACUGCUGCUCACAGACAAACUGAAGAUCGCAUGGACCACCAACACCAGCGCUCUGCUGAGUGCACCCACAUUUGGGCAAUUCAACAAAGAUGGAAUUCCAGACAUAAUGAUAGAGGAAGAUGUUGGCAAUGACACCAAAAGAGUGAUAGUUCUCAGCGGACACUCUGGAGACGUCCUGUGGAAGGUGAAUCUGUUGUACGAUACUCCGAAUCCUCGUCCGGCAUCGGUCCUCACGCUGAACACAUACUCAGUGUUCAUGCUUUGGGGACAGAGCAACCAGACAAUGCAGUCAUCAUUCCUGCUGCAUCCUCGAUACUCCCAAAUGUUGCUGGAAAGAAGAAAUCCUGCACAGAACAUUCUCUCUUUUAAGGCAACCCUGUUGGAGCGAGGUCGCCACGCCUGUUACCUCGUUCUUUCUGGACCCGACGGGCGGCAGCAUGUGGAAUUAGGUGAGAUGGAGCCAGUGAUUCUGACCAAGCGGAAGAUAAAGGAUGACGUGUCGGAGAGCGGGGUUCUGGGGGUAGAAGCUGAUGAACCCAUUUCUGAAGACACAGAGAAGUCCGUGAAGGAGGCUUUCUACAGGCUGCGCUUCAGUGAUGCACCUUUCUGAAACACAAUGAUAUAUAUUUUAUAUUCAAACACUAAUCUUCAAUCCAAAGAUCAUACAGGCCAAAAGCCAGUGGCUGCAUGUAGAACUUGCACUCCUGAAAUCCAAAACAGAGCUUAUGUCUCGACUAUUUUAAUUAGAAUAUCUGUUAAUCUGAUCUAGUCUUGGACUCGAUUAAAGCUGUGCUUAAGAAUAAGACCCAAGACACUAACCCAACUCAUCAAGGCUUUGCCCCCAAUACUAUACAAUUGAAUUUAAAUAGAAUGUAUUAAUUUAGAAGGGACACAAGCUUUUGGGUCAUGCUGUAUUACUUUAUGACAAUCAUAAACUACUGUAAAGCAUUUCAGAUUUCUGCAUAAGGCUAUCAAGAGAUAAGUUUAUAUUCAGAAUUUUCAGGGAUUUCAUAUAAAGGUGAAUCUCAUAGAACAGUCCAGGUCAUGAAGAAUUUGCUUGGAAAUUAGAUGCCACCAUUAAAAAAAUAAUAACUGUCCUAAAAAUAGACUUAAUUUUCCCUCUUACGAUUCAGGUAUGAAAUAUGACCUGGACCUGAGAUUCAUGUUUAGAGCAUUUGUGCUGUUUUCGUUGUAGUCUUUCAUGCCGUAGUGGAGUGAUGUUUUGCUUAAAGCUAUAGCGGAGGAGUUCGCAUUGUGUUUCAUACACACAAAACAACACUAAAACAAGCCUAACUUCGUUGUGUUUGUCGAAAAGAGAAAACAAAUGAAUAUUAUUAUAUUUGCAGUGCAGUUUACGGGGGUUUAUUUAAGACUUUGAGUCUUGUUUAGAUGGUUUAAUUGGUUUGUGUGCAUUUGUUUGUAAGUGUUCUGCUGCUAUUGUUAAAAAUGCACCUUUGCGAUUCUUGUUAACUCACUGUGAUGUCUCACAUAAUGCUGUACAUUUAGUGCCUUAACUAGGGACCUGAAAAAUCACUACAGGUGCUGUUAUGAGUAUCUGCUGUUUGGGAUCUUAUCUACAAAAUGUGGGUUUAAUUUAAAGCAGGGAUGAAGACACUUCUUUUAAAUGAGCAGAAUCUUACCUUUAGUUUAUUGUUGCAAAAUCAGAGCUUUAUGUCGUCUUCAGUUUUCUGUGCAUCAUCUACAUUCACAGAAGAACAGGACGAUCAGCUGCACCAAAACCAGAUGAAUCUAAAGAAGCCAAAUAAACGAUAACACUGUGGAUUAUAUACUGCUGUAGUAGAUGAACAUGUUUAAAAUAAAUCAGAUAACUUGAUGCUUUGUAUUUAUUAGAGUGAGAUUUAUUAUUAGUUUUAUUAAUUGGUUUAGGUUCCUUGAUUUUGUAAACCUGUAGAUCAGGUAAAAAAAAUUAACGUCUGCUGUUUUCUGUCUUUAAUUGAGAAUAUUAUAUUUGAUUGCAUUGUUAACACUGUGUAAUAAAUAGAAUGCAUUCAGUG